AUGUUGUCUAAGAUGACCGACAAAGAGAGUAAUUGGCAGGCCAAGAAGGGUAAUCCUACUAGCCUCAACCCUAGAAGGUCUAAGGAGAGUAUUAUUAAGCUAUUCGAGGCCACUAUUAUUGAAGCCAUUAAUGGUGGGUGGGUUACUCUGCAUGAGCACUACAGCUACUACUUUGAGGACACGGUGGGUGGUAAGGAGAAGAUUAAGACUCUGUUUGGUUGUGACUUUAUGAAUGAGGUCAACGAUAACCAAUGCAACGCUCAAGCCAUUAACGACAAGUUCAAAGUGGAAAGCGAGACCUAUCUCCCGGCCUGCGUACAACAGCUUCGUCGCAAGGGUCUUGAUGGCACCACCAGUUCAAUUUCGGUUGGCCAAGACGGUGUUAACCAUGAGGUCAGCUCCCCCUUGGUGGAACCUGCAGUGGUUGGGUGCAUCAUGGCCAUAUGUAUGUGCUGGAAACUCACUAUGUCUGAAGGUAUUGAGGCCUUCCUUGGUGGGUGUAGAGGUGUGUGCUUCCGACAAUGUUGGUUAUGUGCUCCGUGGGUCAAGGUUAAGAAAGAUGGUUCACAGUUAGCCACCACGUGGAUUGGUCAAGAGAGUGAUGGCGAGGAAUGGGUGAAUCACUGUGACACUGAGGAGCACACUUACAAGGAGUACAUGCUGAAAAUCUAUGGUCUGUCGUUCCUGGGUAUUACCCAGGCUAUGGUUGAAGGGGCUAGGUGGACUUAUGAGCUGGCCUAUGAAACAUGGAACUCUCAAGGGAGUAAGUUGGCUACUAAUAAGUGCGAUAGAGAAGGUCCGCUGAGUGAAGGCAAGUAUAUGCCUGCCUCUAAGCAUUUAAGGUGUUUGGUGUGUAUUGAUUCUACCAAGACACCCGCCAGUGAUUGGCAAUUAUCGGCUCAUUGGUCUGGUGGGUUUGGCAGCGUGGACCGUGCCCGAGCUACUCCGGUGGUUGAAGGCACUGUGGACCCUGCUAAACUAAAAAGAUUGGGACUGUGUACUGGUUUUUGUUGGGUUACGGCAGUAGACAUGCUAGGCUUGUAUGCGGUGCCUUACAUCGAGGACCAGGAGGCCGGGGGUCGGGUUCACAUACUGGACAGCGAGGAUGAUCGACGAUUUUUCCCGGUAUAUCUGAAUGCCGAUGGUGCUUCUCUCAUGGCGGAGACACCACCUGAAGGUGCCACCGCCUUUCUGAAAUCAUCUUCUGAGGUGAUGGUUUCAUUAAAGCUUACACCUACGAGGUUAUUGUCGAAGGAUAGCCGCGAGGCCCUUGUGACCCGCGGUAUGUGA